CUGAAGUUGUCUGCAGUGGCUCUACUUUGUGUAGUUUCGUGGUUUCGGAACAAAAAACCAAAACUUGGCGCCAACGGUUGCGCCCAUUUACUUAUUUCCGGGGCAUAGCGGCAAGAAGGCGUUCACCGAAGCAACGUCGUCGAUGAACGAGGGGGCUUGUUGUGCUCUUGUGUAGCUUUUCUUCCAGAGUCCGACAGUUUGAGGAUGGCGGCUAUCGCGACGCAGCGGUAUCGUGAUCUUCGGAGCUAAUGAUCAAGUUCUUGUAAAUGCAACCCUGCUGGACAAUCGAUAUUCGCCAGAAGUAGGGGCUUUUUGUUUUUGACGCAACAUUCGUCGCCUGAGACCGAGUCGAAUUGAAAGCUAAAACGCAAAAGCGGCAGCGGGCGGCCAAACCAACCGUCACAGGAAGCGCUUGGUCAACACUGCCAGCUGCAUGUCGACUUCUUCAAUGCUGCAGAACAGUUCCAGCAGCGGGCUGUCUCCGGACCGCAACCGAAGCUCUGGAGCUGCAGCUGCAGCAAAUAUUAAAACGACCAUGACCUCCACAACUUCGCAGCAGCACAAGAAAGACGUGACUCUCCCGCACCCGGGUGCUGUACAACUAGUCCCCGCCCGGUCCGCCAGUCCCACUGCGAGCAUCGGCGUGGCCAACCGGUCUUUCAACUACGGCAUCGCGAUCUCGCGGUUCUCGGACGCUGCGAAGCUUCUGCCCGCACACCUCGGCCCCGUGUUCGACGGCACAAAAAAGCAGAUCACCUACCGAAAGGAGCUGAUCGAAGGUUUGGGCGUAUUACCGCACCACGUACAGCACCUGGCAGCUGUUACGACCGCGGCCUCGCCGUCCUCCGCUUCUGGUUCUUUAUCUUCCUCGUCGCCAGCAACAGGAGCGGCAGCCUUACCACCUCGCGUCACCAACAUUUUAGUCUACGGAGAAGCCGAUGCGGGGAAGAGCAGCCUAGUGUGGCACGAGAGCGACGGCAUUUGCGCCCGGAUCGCGCACGCGUAUUUGCGGCAAACGACGUUGAUCGUGGAAUGUGUGGAGCUGGGGUCGACUUUCGCCACGGAUUUGCUGGAUCAUGUCGUGGUGAAGGGAGGUGGGGUCGAUCUGGUGCAGGCCGGAGAAGGGGAUGGUAAUAAAGCCAAUAAAGGGCGGAUACUUAGAAUUUCGGUUCUGCGGUUCACUAAAACUUGAAGUGUAGUACGUUCCUCUGCGCCGUAUUUGCUUCUAGAACAAAGAUGAUGAGGCUCAUCUACAAAUUUCAUCAGUUUUUAAUACUAGCCGCCGCACUUCUUUACUAACGGUACGUACCGCUCUCGCUUUCUCCAAUGAAGAAAUGCGACUCAGUUAAAUUUCCUCUCAGGUGUUCCUCCCCGCCCGACCGGCGUUCGCGUGUCCAAUGUGGAAGACCUGCGGCGCGUGAUGCGGCUCGCGCACUGUCGGCGCGUGUGGAGCGAGACCACGCACGACUCGGCGAAGCGGCGCGCCGUGGCGUUUUCCAUGUACACCUCAGAGAAUACCAAGAUUCGGGUCAUUGACUGUCUAUCACACAGAAAAAAGCAGGCAGGUCAUAUGUGUAAUGCAAAAACACACGCGCAAAAGAAAAAGAUCUGCACUGCAUGCCUCAAACAGCAUGCUAUGGGGCCGUCCAUGACAAAUUUUUAUGUGUAGUUAUUUUUGCAUUACAAAUACGACCUGCCGGCUUUUUUCUCUGGGAUACUGACCCAGCUGCGACAAGGACCACUUGGCGGACCUGGCCGACCUGGAUCACUUGUUCGAGCGUCUGAGCCUCGGGCAGCCGGUGCAAUUUUCGUCAGAUGGUGCGACGACUUCUUCAUCUAGCACUUCUGGACGGGUUGAGACGCCGUUUCUGGAAACGGUGAAAGAGGGGCUGGCGCGGAAUGGACGGACCUUCGCGAUCUUGGUCGUUGGAAACAAAUCGGAGGCACUGUAUCACAGGAAAAAGUGUUUAAAUGAACGGAAAAAUUCGAACUUGCAAUGCGGUAGGUGCCCGACAUGCCCAAAUUUAUCAUGCAACAUAGCAUGCGCGCUAGGUACAAUUUGCCAUGCAUCGCCGCAAACUAUGAAAAGAACCGAUACCGUUAGCACUACUUUUUGGCGUGAUGCACUAAUGUCGAAGACCUUGAAGUUCGCGGAGUUCUGCCACAAAGUGCGGGAGCAGACCAGGUUCCGCUCUGUCGGGUUGCCGACGGUGCGAGUGGUAUCCCAGGAAAAAACUGUUUCACUGUGACGAUUUUGGAAGAUCUGCGUCACAAGUUUGUUACACAUGACAGAGGAAACUUGUCAUGCGUGCUUCCUAAGGGAAAACACAGCCAAAAAUCCAAUGUCUUGCAUGUGUAGCAAGACAAACACAUUUGCGUUCCGUUCUAUGCAUCACAAGUUCACAGCGACACAGUUUUUUCUUGUGAUGAGUGGCGCUACCGUUUCAAUGUUGCGACCUGCCGGAAGAAAACCCGCGGAACAUGGAUACAGGUACCUAUCUUGACGUGGAAGAGCCCAACUCGUUCGGUCAUGUUCUUGGCUCUUCCUGCAUAUAAAAAUGUGAUUGACUUACUUCACACUCACGCACUCUUCUUCCGCUUCCGCAUCUAAUUUUAAGUUUAGCUCUUUCGCCCCCUGGCCCUGCAAGAAGAUCAUCAUGAUAUUAUUUUGCUUGCCAUGUUGACUCGGACUCCUGAACCUGAUGUCAUUCUCAUUUUCAACAGUCGAACGCGGCGGUAUUCUGUACAUGCGGAACCUGCACCGGGAGGAGCACCUGAGCAGCCUGUUGAAGGUGGAACUUUCGGAGCAGCUUUCCUGCUCCGUCGGCGGCAAUCCGGGGAAUGACUUGGUGCUCUGCGGCCUACCGGCUUUUUUGUAUCGCAUCCGGUUUCUGGCGAAACAGGCUGCGGUAGAACUGGACCCACUGGCCACGGACUCGCACAAGUACCUGCGCGUCAACGGCAUGAAGCAAGCGGGAGUGGGACAAGAACCCAUUCUGGUCUAUGUUGGGGACCAAAUUCAGCUGGCGGAAACGUAUUUGCGGCGCUUAAGCUCAAUAAAAAAGAAAUUCAAUUUAUGUAGCUCUCUCAGCUAAUUAUUUAGUGCAACAAAAGCUAUGAAUUGUGCAUCUACUUCUUGUCUUUGUUCCGGUCGAUGUUAUUUCGUUCAAAAAUUGCGCACCUGGAGGUGAUUUUUAUCCACCUGACGAACUAAUUAGUAAUUCCUCGUUGCAGGAGUUACAACGUAUCAACAACAUCAACAUCUAUCAAGUAUCUGUCUAGGUACUUUUUCGAGUUUUAUUUUGGGCAAGAGCGCGGGAAGGACGUGAUAUUACAGCCGGCCCACGCCGAAGAUCCGGAUAGCAUCGGGGAGAAAAUUGAGCUGCUGAACUUGAUGCAAAGCAAGGAAACCUUCGAGCUGGCCCCGGGUGGUCGCGUGCGCGUCUUUCCGCACAGUCCGGGGGAACACAAGGCCAAAUCGGGUGGAGGUCCACCCACCGUCGCGGGAGUCACGAAGAACACACUCGGCAGAAGCGAGUUCUUGGCAAAGUGAGAUUUUUUAUGGACGAAUUCUACGAUGCCGAUCAUACGUAAAUUAAGUUUAAGAAGAAAAGAUUGUAUAAUAUUUGAUUUUCCGUGUUGACCUUGUAUCAGUAGUGAUUUUUUCUGCUCGCGUCGUGGCAGGACAAGGGCACUUGAUAGUGUGAAAUUGAAUUUGAAAGUUUUCUGUAAAAUACAGGUACUACACAAUCUGCGACGGGCUGUAUUCCGAUUCGAACGCGACGGUAUCCAAAGUGAUCGCCGACGAGACGCUCAUUUCCUCAACGUACUCCCACGGAGGAGGUGUUCUUGCAACGUCCUCGCUCCACGGCGGACCGCCUCCGAAACACCGGCCCGGCGCAGCUCCGACCAGUACCUUCUUACCCACGUCCCGACUGACGAGUCCCAGUCCGCUAUCCUGAGUAAAAACGUACCCACACCAUAGUUAGUUGUCAUGCAAAUCUGCAUGCUUAAAAUGUUUGUCAUGCGGAGCCCUAUGAGAAGCAUUUUCUAAGGGUGUUUUGAAAUUUGUCAUGCUCCAAUCAGCAUGAGAGACUAGGUCUGUAAUGCUGCUGAACUAGCUCAAACAGCACUACACUACGCGUCCAAAUUUGUCAUGCGAAACAAGCAAAGUUGGCCGAUUUGUCUAGCAGAUUUUCCAUCUUGACUCUGGUGUGGGGACGUUUUCACUCAGGAUAUCCGCACCCCCAGCCACCGGUGAACUUCAUUCAGUCGGAGCAGCUGUUAUCCAGGAAAAAACACCCAUCCACAUCCAAUUUGUCAUGCAAAACAUACAUAAAGUUCUGUGCUUGUCAUGCAGAAAUUGGAUGUGGAUUGGAUUGGUUUUUUUCUGGGGAUAGCUGUUAUCCCAGUCAUCCACCUCGUUAUCUGUCUCACGAUCAAGGAAUCCUCGCAAAGGCGCGAAGCGCGUCAGCCCGGCGGACGAACCGCCACUCAACGCCUUGCAGAGUCCCUUCCACACACACAACGCCGUUUUGGUACCGACGCUGUCGCCAGGACGGGAGAAAUUGUUCCGAGCAACUUCUUCUACGUCGGUGCAGCCUGUUGCAAUAUUAAAUGCGGGGGGCGGUGGGUCCUCGUCCUCGUCGAAUUAUGCAAAUUCGUCUGGGAAGAGCGUGAUCCAGACCGUUAUUCAUCCGCCGUCUGCGAUGGUGGUACAACAACCGCAGCUGCAUCAGAGGAUUCCGAGCCCCAGAGGCGGGGGAAUCGAUUUGGUGAACGGAGAAGUGUGUAGCUUCAGGGAACAAGGUGGAACCUCUGGGCAACAGAAACUGCUGCCCCAAUACAAUCAAAACUUUCUCCACCAUAAUUCCACCACCAGCAGUGUCGCCAGUUCAUCGACGUCGCGAGGAGCGCGACACCACCCGCCCCCGAAGCUGGCGCUGACGCAGCCGAAUCUGACUUUGUCGUGCAGUCAGUCUGCAAAGCUGGAUACCAGUGGCUUGCUGUCGGAGACCAAUACCUCCGAAAAUAACCCGCAAAACCGCUCCGCCAUCACGGACGGCGGGGCUGGGAUCGCGUUCGGCAGCGCGGCGGCCACGGGGUUAGUAGUUGGUGCAGGUGGAAACAAGUUUGUGUUUGGUGGUCACAAGGCAGGUCUGUUAGCGGCCGCAUCGGGAGGGAACAAGAAGCAAGCAGGAUCAUCCUCCUCGAAAGUUAAGUCGGCUUCCUGGUUCACGCCGAAAUUCGGAGGCGGAGUGGCGGCGACAGGAUCGUCUUCGUCUUCGUCUUGUUCAGCGGCAGGCGGAUUGCCGCCCGAAGUUGUAAUGAAAGCGGCCAAGAAUGCGGAAGGUACGUGAAGCUAGAUAUUAGGCAGUUUUUUUUUCGUCGUUUUUUUUUUGGCGGUGGGCUGCUAGUCAAGGAUAGUGCCACCUGGAACUUAGAUUUGUCACUUGGAGUUGUGGUAACCCUAAGGGAAUCCAUGUUGACGAGCACUAUUCAUCGAUAAACGAGCGAACGAAAUUUUCAGUAGGUCUGUAGAAAAAUAAAAUAAGAAUAACCACCUGCUGCACUACUUCUUUUUUCGCGCUAGCCACAGAAUAGGCCGGGGGCUUGCUCGUUCUGGUGUGCGAGCUUCCGUACUUAAUCUGUGGUAAAGUAAAUUAGGCAACUACCUCGCUAUGCGGACUCGGAAUGGCAUCUACUGCCAGAGUGCGCACACUGGCGUUGCACAGUACCAGUAGAUCCUGUCAUCAACAAAUUACCUUCGCUGGUGUAGCGCCGGACACAUUGGCUAUUGUAGUAAAAGCACGUACUACUUCGGACUUGCUGAGGCAGCAUUGCCAUUGGUUGGCAUCAGGAGACGCGUCCGUAUGUCGACGCUUCAUUCAACCUGAAACCACGCGCCUCUUGGCGUCUCAAGAAAAUGAAUGCGAAAUAUUGAGCUACGCCUAAUGACACCAGGUACCAAUGCGGAGGAGCGAGACGCAGAUACGUCCGCACCCGCUCCCGACCCGCCGAUCGACAACUCCUCGGCUAGGCCCAAGAGUUCCACCACACUAACAAAAAGCGGCUCCAGUCGGUCGCUGAAAUCCAAACCCGAUAUUCCGAAGCCGUACCCGAAAUGCAGCUUCGAGCAAGCCUACCAGAUCAUCAAGCAGAACUACCAGACCGCGAUCGACGCGAACGCGAUGACGAAACCAAGUCGUGGGGUCGUAACUGCCGGCACUGGAGGUGCAGCAUCUACUUCCUCUUCGUCCAGUGCCUUUACCAACAGCAACACGGGUGGUGGAAGAAUGCCUCCCGCAGAGAAGCUCCUCAGAAACUUGAAGCGCGCGACGGCUGCAAAACCCAUGGCCGCGAAUAGUAAAGCCAUGGGAGCUCGUCCUGCAGCUGCACCUGCAAGUAGAACCAGCGCUGGUGCAUCAAGUUCGUUGCUACCAGGUGGAGGAGGUGGCAACUGCACCACAGCGAUUGCAUCAACUCGGCGGGUCACUGGGAAGGCGAGUAGCGUCCAGCCCGUCGUCUCGAAUGCUGGGGGAGAUCGACGUGACCCGAUCACCGGCGUUUCCAUAGGGGCUAUGAAUCUGUCAGGAUUGAAAUCGUCAAAGUUGAAAUGGUUUGUCAUGCAUAAAAUGCAAGGCAUGACUGAAGUGCCUGUCUUGCUGGGAUGGCAAGUGAGGCAGAUUGUGAGCCUAUUUAGGGUUUGGGAUAGAGCUGCUAAAGGAGCAUGACAAAAGCACUCUUGUGUGCCCAAACAGCAUGACAAAUUGGACUUCGGUGCUCCGAAAAUUUGUAAUGCGCCGCUUGAAAAUUGGUCUUCCAACUGGUAUCCAUUUCAUGCAUGACAAAUUAUUUCAACUUUGCCGAUUUCAAACCUGACGCUUCUAUAGGGGCUGGCACAGCUGUAAAUUCCACACUGAAUCGGCGGUCGUUGUUGAACAGCAAAGCAGCGGGCCACGCAGUUGCAAAGUCCAAAGCAUUUGGAGGUCCUGCAAGUACUAGUCAUGCUGUGCCUAACCGCGGGCGAUCCACUUCGUCUUCAAGAAAAAGCUUGUCGAAUAGAAGUGGUCGCCUUGGAGCGGCUGCUACUGGCGGAGGUCCUCGUAGCACUACACCAGGAGGACAGGAAGUACUAGAGGCUGCACAUCACGACAUGCGGGGCGAAGGGAAGAUGAAAAAACUGCAGACGCAAGUCAGCAACAGAGGUCCACCACAUGGAGACAACUUCGAGCUGUCCUCGCAAGAAGGUGGAAUUGAAGCGAGUGGCAGCACCAGCACCAACGUCGUCUCGCACGUCAACUCGGGGGCAGGGGGGCGUAUUCAUGUGGAACAGCUUGCAAUGGGCAAGGACGUCGUCGGGGAGGUAAAUGGAGGCACCAUGGCCGAUGUUGAGGAAUCGCUAGUCAAUAAAGAUGCCACGACGAGGACAAGAAGGACCCCCAGUGCCAGUGGGAGGACCUAUCGCCCCCAAAUAUCACAAUUGCAACAAAUACCAGCGAAAAACUCAUUCUCCCUGCAGCUUAACCGUGCGGAAACGGUGCCGGUGCUUCCCAAACGUGCGUCCCUGGUCGCAAACUCGCUUCUACCGCAAUUUGCGUUCGGCGCAACUGGCACGCUUGUUGAUCCUACUACAGGCACACCAGCUGCACGACCGACUGGUGGCGUUGCAGGAACGAUGUCGACAAACGACGACGACCAACCAAGGCAGAGGGUGCCCGCGCCCGCGUUUCUGAAAUACACACCGAGGCUGAAUUACGUUGCGGGAAAGAAGGUAAAGGCAACAACGGCUGGCGCUCCAGAUCCUGACAGUGGAAUAAACGCACGGCCUCCGCAACAAGCGGUGCCCGCGCGUGCGAGUUUUUUCGCUAGCAGUACUUCUGCGUCGCACGACGAAAAAUCCCCAGGCACAACGAAGAAUCGUUUCUAUUCUGGUCUCGUGCUUGGCCGCUUGCAGAUGUUCAACGGAGCGUCUUCUGCGAGGCUACUGCGUGUCCCCUCGCAAAGUCCGCCCCCGCCCUUCACCGCUCUUUCGCUGGGACACGUGCAGAGCAUGAAGCGACUCGGAGGUGGGCCGGGAGGAGUUGCUGGUGAUGGUAAAAAAGGAGGAGCGGGCUGUUCUGCUGCAGACAACGCUUGUAGUUUCUCCACAGGCGCAAGCAACUCGGUUACCAGCGACGUAUUCCACCGCGUCAGUGCGCAGAAGGCCGCCGGGGGUCAUCUCAUGUCCUCCCGGAGUCUGUCGCCCCAGAGGCUCCUGCAUGGUGGACAAUUUGGUGGGCAAAAAGAGGUUGCAGCUCAUCUUCCCCAAGUACAACUGGGUGCGAGAGCUCACGCAACGAUUUCUGUUCAAAAACAGCUGAAGAAAGACUUGUCUUCCGUUUUGGAAGAGCAGGAAGAAUCCACACAGUAUGACGAGAAAAAAGUGUUACAAUUAGUUACACAUUUGUUGGGGUUUCUGCAUCACAACUUUUCUCUGUGUGGCAGAAAAAACCGAUAAUGCGAAGAUCAUAAGGGAAAACGAGGCUCCCAAGCAUUUCCUGCAUGAGAGAGGUUGUCUGUGUUGCCGUUCGUGCAACACAAUGUGUAACUGUAGCACUUUUUUCUUGCGAUAUGCAGUCGCGCCUAGGCAGUAAAUCUCUGCUCUCCACCUCGAGUCGGUCGCGGUCGGUCGCGCCCCGAGCGGCAGCUCCGGUUUAUUUGAUAGGUAGUCAUUCUGCUUCGAGCUAUUCGAAGGUUCUUGUCACCUCGUCUGAUGCCACCGCAGGAGUGCCGGUCGUCCAGGAGCCUGAAGACAGCAGGAGGGUUGUUAAGAGCUCUUCUACAGGAGGUGCAGCUCCUGCGGCGAAGAGGGCAACACAGAAAUUGAAGAAACGCGCUUCUUCUACUUCCAGAGCUCCUGCUGCCAACCCGCAGUCCGCGCGAGCCGCAGUUUCAUCGUCUGACGCACCUGCGGGGGAAAAGCACACAAAUGCCUUUGCUCGUGAACAAGAUCCAGAGGUUCUCACGUCUAAGCAGUUGUUUGAGCAGGUCGACGAAUUUAUGCGGAGCGCCAGCCACCUGCACUCCUCGACCACCGAGCCCUUUUCUACGGCCAAGGCCGCCGCGGCCUCCAUUCAGAGCUUGCAGUCCUCCAGCCACGCCCGGUCGCAGUCGGUGCCGCACCCCAACCUUUGCUUCCCGUCGCAUUUUCUCGGCCGCCCGACGGAGGUGCACCGCUUCGAGCGCACUUUAUCGCCGUUCCAACCGAGAAGUUGGUCGGUAGAGCCGCCGAGUGUCGGUGUGGCCGGCUUCGGGUCGGCCGUACGGGUGGUUCUGCAGGGCGAUAUUAAUGCAGGUGGGGGACGAGAUGGAGAUGUUGUUACAACUUUUUUGCAGAACAACCUGAACCGAAACAUAGCAAUGAAUCAGGAAGGGUUGCUGCAGCUACAGGGCAUCAACAAGCAAGGCGCAAUAGGCCGUGAAUUUGAAGGAGAGAACCAGCAGCAAGACGCAGGAACAAUUCAUCUUGCUGGCGGUGAAGAUUUUUCCGCAAGCACGAGUAACACAGGAUCAGGACGAGCCAGCGCUGCCUUGAAAAAAGUGCCUCCGCUUGUUCCGCCGCUUCAGCAGCACCCCGGACUUCUUUUGCUGCCCUCCGCGGUUUGCAGCGCGCGAGCGGCGACUGCGAGUAAUUCCGCGGCGCAACUCCUGAAGAAAACCCCGCGGGGGAUGAACAUUCACAGCUCAUUUAACAAUUCCUCGAAAGAGUCCUCGCGAAACGAAGCCAACAUCAUUUCGACGUCUUGUUCCGCGGCUGAAAAUAGUAACCACGCCAUGCUCGUCACUGAUAAAAACGAAGCCUCUGCGUAUUCAUCGGUGGAGCAGGACUUCUCCUCUUGUUCUGCUCAGGUUCAUCUCCACGGUGGCGGGCAAGAUCAAAAUGAGUCACAAAGCGUCAGGACGCUAUCGAGAAAAGAACAAGAAUGGUCGGCCUCGGAUGAAUCCUCUUCGGCGACUACGUUCAACCUCGCACAGAGUUUCAUCCUGCCCUCGACCUCCGGGACCGGUGCAUCCGAUAACUUCAGCUCGUUGCGACCGCAGCUCAUGCCGGCGCGGAUUGGCGUCGGAGCAAAUGGGAUUACCACGCCGACCAUUCCCGCAAGAGCAGUAGGAAUUGCUUCUACCACACAGCAAGCACAUGGUGCUGCGAGUGACAAGGCCGGGCUGGUGCAGACGGGCGGACCGAGUUCAUCUGGCAACUACGUGCCUGAUAUCUUAGCUACCGCUGGGAUCGAUAUCAAAAACCUCGGUGCAUUUCCUGUGUCGACAAGAACUGCCAUGACUACAGGCGGUGUCGUGAACCACUCCGAGCAGAGAGUAGCAGGCGACGAAUCCUUAGAGAAAAAGGCCGCUGAAGACGAGGAAGGCAAAUGCGGUGCUGUCGAUCAUGAGCAGCAAAUUGAGGGGGCAGAGCAAAUUGAGGGGGCGAGCCACCAAGCGCAAGCCCCUCCCGACGUAGUCCUCGAAGAAGAGCACGACAAUAUCACCGUGAAUAAUGCCUCUACAUACCGCACGGACACGCAGCCGACGAGUCGCAGGCACAGUCAGAUGGACCUUGUAAACGCGCAGCUGCAAGGCGAAAUGAGCCGCGUCCAGGACCUUGGCAUGUUGAACAAAAUGCAGGAAGAGCGACCUGGUGACCACGACCCUGCCGCGGCCAACUUUGCUGCAAAAGCGCCGACUAACAUACCCGCAUUCGGGACCGGUGCUCUCUGGGGACCGCUGCCGGAACUAGCAGCCGUGAAAAACAAGCCCAAGACGCUUCUUCCGGAAAGCGCGCGCGCCGGUCUUUCUCCGGCAGCCAAAAGAGCAGGACCUGGUGCUUACAGUAAUGUUCUGGCCGCGUCUCCGUCCCCGGACAGACGAGCGGUUUUUCAAUUGCAAGCAGCGGGAGGGGCUGCCGCCGCGCAGAUUGCACCUCCAGCACCUCCGCGAGGUGUUGAGUUCGUGAAAAAGACCAAAGGCAGCAGCAUCAGCAGUUUCGCCGCGAAACUUACCCAAGACAAGCUCGGAACACUUCGGUCGGUUUCGGCCGAACGGGUGCUGGAGCAGCCGAAUUUCAGUUUCGAUUUGAACAAGAAUUCGCUCUACACGCCACGCAUCGAGAACAGAACUGCAGGUCGUGGACCACCGCCGCGCUUUCUUCCAGGUGGAGAACAAAUACUUCCCCAGGCCGCGAUAAUUGCAACGUCAUCUGCGUCACCUCAGAGGAAUAAAAUCGACCCGGCUGCUGGUGCAGUCCCGCGUCCCCGCUUCACACAUUUUGUCUCUUCAAAUUUGGUGUUGCAGCACAUCCGCUCUGGUGGAAGUAAGAACACCAAAACAGGUGGAGCGACUGCCGCCAUAAACCUCGGCCCGAUGAACACGUCCAGUUCGUCCUCUUCUUCUUCUUCUUCCGACCAAAGUGUGAACACGGGGAAGCAGAUAUCACAGGAAAAAGUGUUAACGUUAACGGAAUUUGUAAUGCAGCAAUGCAUCACAAAGCGUGCCUAAAUUUGUCAAUGUCAUGCAUAGCAUGCACAUUGGGCUACAUUUGUGAUGCAUGACUGCAAUCUGUGAAAACCGUUAACGUUAACACUUUUUCUUGUGAUAGCAGACUGUCAUUGACGAAAAUGUCAACGUUCCGGUUGUGUUUGUGCCGCCAGCCUCUUAUUCCCUGAAAAUUAACCAUCCCCAUCCAAUUUGUCAUGCAAAACAUGCAGCAAAAAGUGUGUUUGUCAUGCAAAAAGUGGAUGGGGAUGGUUAAUUUUCAGGGAAUACUUCUUCGUCUGAGGGGAGUGUGUUCCACCGAGCUACUACCGGUAUUAGACCGCAGACCGGCCUCAUCGUCCCGACCACUACAUCCACACGACCACCAGCUCCGGGCGCGAAAGCGGAGUGCGGCCACGAGGUGCCGGUGCAAGUUUUGGGUGCAGCUGCUGGUGGAGAUCAACAUCAGCAGCAUAUCACGCCGACGAGCGAUCUCACGGUGGACAUGCAGUUGCUGGAAAAUGAUUUUCAUUCUGAAGAACCCAGAGGAGGACCACACCAAGGUAAAGCGAGCGGUCAUCUUGAUCUUCCCGACGACGACGACGAUUCCGACGAGAUAGGAACCAAAGCGCGACGAGAUUCCGGCCCCGGCGCGGUCUUGAACAGUCAGGUGAUCGAGGAUGACGACGAGGAGAUGUUCAAAAUCAUUGACGUCAUGAACGGGCGCAACAGACUGCAGCCUCUACGCACCUCCGGAUCAUCAUCUUCCGACAAAACCAAGAGCAGGCUCAGCAGCGAAAAUAACCAACAGGCGGUCUCCGGGGCAGCUUCGAGCUCCUCCUCGGCAUCAAGGCGAAUCACUGAGCAAGAUGCUGAAAAUACAGAAGACGGACCAUCGCAUCAAGGUCUUCCGGCUGGGGGCGCCGACGGCGGCAUCGAAAUCGAUCGUUCCGCAGAGCUGCAGGAUAUGGGCCGUGGGCGGUCGGCGCUCUUGCGCAGACUGGUCAACGAGCCGGCGCCGCAUGGACGAAACGCCGCGGCGGCUCUGAGCCCGCGAAUGCAGCAGGAGGGGCCGUUGACCAAUGCCGUGGCACAGUCGGGGAGCGGCGGUGUCGGAUCUUCAAUUGUGGCGGCGAACAUCAACAACAACCCAACGCACCCCCAAGCUGGAGCUGUUACUACAGCCGCGUCGGGGUCAUCUAACAGCAAUCUAGGUCCGAGCUACCACCGGUUGAGCUCGAUAACAGAGGAGCGAUCGGGGAAUACGAGCCGGGCGCAGUCUUCGGGCGUCAACAGUAAGGACGGAUCGCCUGCGACGCAGCCCCGACAGCCGGUGUUGUUGAAUAGAGCUGGUGGUGGGACGAUGGGAGGUGCACCGGGCGGAGCAGUCGUCGUUCCGGGUCUUCAGCCUGCUCUAUCAGCCCGGAUGCAGUUGAAAAUGCUGAACAUUGGUUUGGACUACACAAACAACAAGAACGGCGUUUGGACUGGUGGUGCGCCGAGCGGGAAUAGUAUGCCGCGGGUUGGUGGGGCUGCGAUCCAUGCUUCAGCAGCAGUUGCGUCUUCAUCAUCGAGCCCUACAGGAGAUACAGGAGCAGGGGGAUCUACAGUCUAUCCGUCUGCAAGCGGGGGAGAGAACACAUACAAAAUGCAACCACACCUGCGACCGGACAAAACUCAAGUGGUGAAUAUGCAGAUCAUGCAGCCCUCGCCCGUAGCGCCAACAUCAGAGUCGCAAGCUACGCAAGAAGAGCUCCACGUUGAUCCAGGUGCAGGGGCUGAAAGCAUUGCAAACGCUGCAAACGGGAUAAAUAACCAUGGCAGCGCAGCUUGCUCCCCAGCGGGGACCGUGGUGUCAAACGGGAAUGGACAGCAACCCAGCCCGUUCUCAAUCAGCACCCGAACGAUCGACCUGUACCAGCAGGGCAGAUUGCCGAGCAAGAACGCAUCUGGGCCACGUGUGCUGAACAAUAACGGUGCAGAGCCAGCGAGAGGCAGCGAAGACAUCAAUACGGGUACUGGUGAGAAGUCUGGAAAUAAAGCACCAACAUCAAACGGAGUAGUCGUCCCACAAGGUCAAGGUCCACCAGCACCAGGACCUGCACCCACCACAACAACCAACUUCGGUCAUAUUCUCACGCGGGGCAACAUUCGUCCCGCCGGUGGAAUGUUGACCUCAGCACGGGGAACAAGUGGCAGCUCAUCAUCUUCUGGUGGUUUGAUGAAUAAUGCUGGCGAAAGUAGUUCUUUACUGGCCCAGAACAUCAAUCGAUUUCCUCCUCUAUCCACAGAAAAAAACCCAUCCACAUCCAUUUUUUGCAUGACAGACGCGUGAUCUUAUACGUGUUUUGCAUGACAAAUUGAAUGUGGCUGGGUUUUUUUCUGUGGAUAUCCUCUUUCUGUCUUCCAUUCCAACACGAGCAGUCCGGUGGACAGCUAUCCAAGAAAAAAACUGUGUUAGUGUAACUUUCUUUGGCUGGCAGCAUGACAGAUUUGCUCUACAUGAGAGAGAAAACCUGUCAUGCGUGGCUUGCAAGGGAAAACACAGACACACAUGGAAAGAGGACUUCGUGGUUGUCUGGCAUGACAGGUGUAACUCUCUUGCAUAUUCUGCAUUACAGAGUUACACUUUGCACAGUUUUUUUCUUGCAUAACAGCGAAGUGGAAUUCAAAGCAGGCAGCGCCGUGAGCAGCAACGUCUGGCAGUCCUCCGUGAAUACAGAACUAGCUCUGAAUCAAGCGAGCCGCCGGGCCGAGAUCAUGAAAACCAUUUCCCGUGAGGCAACGAUGAUCAAAGAAAAUGCGAUGCGGGAGGAGGAGCAGCGCCUUGCAGGAGCUUCCUCGGCGGAUGAAACGAGUGGUGCAGCAGCGACAGCUGUGGCACGACGAGCAGAAGGUGACCACAACGUCGUCGCAGCUGCUACCGAGCAGCAACGCCCGCACAGCCGGCCGCCGUCGAAUGCGCUGCUGCAGGACGACAACGAACUCAGUCGGAUUUCGGUGCUGGAAGAGGUACUUGUGAUUCAUGUCUUUGAGGAAGGCUUGCAAUGGACAGAAGCAGAACGACUGUGAAAGGAAAAAAAAUGUUGACAUGCUACUAACUUAACAAGCAAGUUGUAGAGAAACAGAAAAACAAAAACUUUCAUUUGUUCCAUCAUUGAUUCGUUGGUGCUUAGUACGUUUAAGUUGUGGCUCGACAUAAAAACCCAACUCGCAAACAAUCCUCCUUCACAUGGUAAUGGUUCAUCUCCCGGACCACAGGUAUCUGUUGACCAAGGACGGGCGGACCGGGCUCAAUUCCCACUGUCCGACUACCUGCGCACUCCGGUGCAAACGGGUGUAGACCCGGAUAGCAGUUUUUUCUCUACUGCGGAAAACAACAAGCGCCAUGAGAGCCGGAUAUUCAGCACGCGGCGACGAAAUAGCUCGAGAAACACAAACAGCCAGCGUUUAGUAGCCACCGGCGCGUCGGGAAGUAGAGUAUCGGCAGGAGCUGGGGCAGCAACAGCGCGAAUUUCCACUGGAGGUGGUCCCCCUGGUGUACUAGAUGAAAACGAGAGCAGCAGCCGGUUGAACACUAGUACGACCAGUCCGCCGCCUAUGCGCAAGCCCAGCGCGCUGCACAAUUCGUCUUCCUCCAAGAGCCUGAUGCCGCCGCCGCCGAAGCGCAAGCCGGAAAGUUUGCAGCUCGUGCCGGGCAGCGAAGAAAAGCUGAACCGCACCGGUGGCGAGGAUAUUCCCUGAAAAUUAAUCACUCCCAUCCAAUUUGUCAUGCAAAACAUGUAGCAAAAGCUGUGGCUGUCUUGCAAAAAGUGUAAGGGGAUGGCUAAUUUAGAGGGAAUAGAGGACAUCCGGCAAAUAGCGGAUGCGGUGCUCCGCGAACAUGGUAUGCUUGGAGGAGCAAAUAGUACGAAUCAGGAAAACCAAUACCAAAACAACGGUAAAAAUAUUUCUUCUAGGCUGUCGUCCUCCUCCAGCCGGCAGAGCGGUAAUUACAUGAUCAAAAACCGCGUUUCAACCUCUUCAACUGGCGGCGGACCAGCUGGUUUUCCACAACAUCUCACGAGCGGACCACCACCCGCGGGUCCGCCGCGUUUGAGCACACGUAGUUCCGCGAGUUUGCACCGAAAAAGCGUGAACACACCCAAUUCGAAAUCGAUGAACAGAAACAAAUCGAUUUCCUCUGGCUCCCCAGGACGGGGUGGGGCACUUUCUGACAACUCCUCCGCAACUACGCCCGAUCUGGAGAGAGGGGCAAACUUUUCCUCGAGAAGAAAGGCCCCUUUGGACACGGGACUGAACAAACGGAUGACGGUGACAUCGCAGGAUGGAAGUUGUCCGGAUGAAAAUGCAGCGGGUUUUUGUGAGGAGGAAUUUGGUGAGUCCGAAAUUCUAGGCGGCAGAAACCACAUCAACCACGUGCCGAGGCAGCGGAUACCAACGACAGUACUUUUGUUUUUAGGCUUGUUGCUUUUUCUUUUCAUUGGGAAAAAUUGAAAGUGCGGGACUGUUUUGGUUUUACAAAACUGCAUUAAGUUUUGUUGUAGCCACCUGCAAGUUCUUUCAUCAGUCGAGAUUGAAAGAGGUGAAAUAACGCUGCAUCAAAUGAUUAACUCUAAUAUCACCAGCCACCGAACGAAGAAGACAUCAGGCCGGACGGGGCCGCUCCUGGCUCCCCCGAGCAUUCGCAUGAUGAUGGGCGGCCUUUCAGCAGUGUCCGGACGAGUAUGGGGACCUUCUCACUAACGAAGUACAACCAACAGAACCUCCGCGGUAACUUCACGACGCAUCAUUUGUGAGCACAAGUACCGCGAAACGACCUCCUCCAAAGUCCUUGCUUUUCAGCGUUAUGCAAAAUGUAAAUGUAUGUAUGAAGAUCUAGAUCUUUUUCUUUUUCAGGUAGCAAUGUAUACCUUCUUCGCUUAUUUAGAACUUCAUGUCCAGUUGUCCCUUUGCGCAAAUUUUCAAUGCCACACCGCUAGAUCCAAUCGAGCUGACGUUAUCGAUGUCGCCUCACGACACCGAAGGCGCAUCAGCGUCUCACGAUGGUUCAUUCAAAAUUAAAAUUUUAUUUCUCUUAGCUCUACCUCCACGGUUGCUAGCUUCAUCGGAGCUUACUACAUAAUGGUAUGCGACGGGUUUUCGCCCGCUCACCGUCACCUUCAAACACAGGCGGGUGUGCAAGUCUCAUCGUCUUUCACAUUCUUGCAGAACUACAAGAAGUUGCACGCGAUCUGGAUCUCUGUAACUUUAGGGCAUGGAUCCUCGUCCAGGGCACGGAAACAGAAGCGCUAUAUUUUCCGACAUGCGUGCUUCACGUGUCCAAGGCCCGGAAGAAGUCCUUUUUCGUCUAGCUUCACCUUUUUGAGCAACAUCACUUGUGCUGUAGUAUGUGCUGAACAUCAUCAAUGCAAAUGCAUGAUUGAAAUGAAAGUUUUCAGAAUGAACGUUGAAGCGGAAAACUGACCUGCUACUUCGGCACUACAUUGUCUGCUGCAGUCCUCAUCCUAAAAGGUACAUUGCCUUGGAGGCGAAGCAGGCACGCUGUAGUGUAUUCUACGUCGGUUUUGUUUCCUUCGUCUUCUAUCUUGGUGAAUGUGAAAAAGUAG